AUGGCUUCACAGAAAACUGCGCUGAUCAUCAUUCCGGCAGAAGGUGCUGAGGAGAUGGAGGUUUCCAUUACCGGAGAUUGUCUGGUUCGCGGAGACGUCAAAGUCACCUACGCCGGCGUCGCUGGAAAGGCGCCUGUGAAGUGCGCCCGUGGACUUCACAUCGUUCCUGACGCCGCUUUGGAAGACGUCAAGAAUCAGGAGUUCGACAUCGUUGUGAUUCCCGGAGGACCGGGAUGCAAAACAUUGACAUCGGUGAAAUCGGUUGGUGAGAUCCUACAGAAACAGCAGAAUGCCGGAAAAUGGAUUGCGGCGAUUUGUGCGGCACCGAUUGUCCUUCAAGCUCACGGAAUUGCCGCCGACAAGGUCACGAGCCACUUCAGCGUCAAGGAGCAGCUCAUCAAUGGAACGCCAGCUUACAACUAUUCUGAGGAUCGCGUGGUGGUUGCUGGAAAAGUGGUGACUUCUCAAGGUCCGGGAACUUCAUUCGAGUUCGCUUUGAAGCUUGUCGAGCUUCUCAGCGGAGCCGAAAAGGCGCAAAGUCUCGUGAAGCCACUUGUUCUUAAAGUGUAA